AAUUCUCCUAUCCAAAACUCAAGCUAAACGAGGGAAGAAACUAUUUCAUUUAAUCCAACACUAUUGUCUAUUACUAUUAACUAGCGCUGCAGCACUAUUGAAGAAUUAUUUUAGCGAGGACAAGAACCAUUGGCUGCAGAGAUGCAGCUGCCAUGCGGCAUGCGCUUGAACUCUGCUGAUGCGGACUUACUGGGCCCAAUGGGCUGGAGUCCACGAUAAAAGCUCCACAAGAAAGCCCAGAUAGAAGACCGGUCCAGUAUAAUUUCACAGCGUUACGUUAGCUAUCCGCCCAACCAGUAUAUGUAGGAGAUUGGGGAUUAGGGCAAAGCGCAAUCGGAAUCACAAUAGAAAUCGAAGGCUUCGUGCGGAUUACGAUGAACGCAGUUGGGAAAUCCUCGAAGCCGGCGGCCGUUACGAAGAAGACACCGGCGGCUGAGACGGAUAAGAACUGGAAAGGUAAGAACCUUUACCUGAAGUACAAGUACGGUAGUUGGAUUUGGGGGUUUAAGGCUUUCGAGGAUAAGCCAGCGGUUGUCCGUGAACUGGAUGGGCAUGAGGUUUUAGCACCAAAGGUUGUCUGUGAACAAAAUUUCCUCGAUGUCGAUCGCGGUUUCCCAAUUGGGAACGCCUUCUUCAAGUUCAAUGGUAAAGCAUACUUGGUCGGUGGGGAAACUGCAGGGGGCAAACCUUGGGGGAAAGGUAUUUGGGGAUUACCUUAUCAGCUCCUCAAGUCGAGCAAGAAAUCGAGUGACAAAUUCUACGAAUUCAAUCCCGAUACCAACACCCUCCACCAGCUCGAUGAUCUUCCUCUGCCUCUCCCUAUGCCGUCUCCAAUAGUCGCAGAGAUCAAGGGCAAUGUGUACGUCCUUUACGGAGAUCACUGCUGCUUGAGAAGGAACGGGUCCCCUGAAGACCCUAGAAACUGCUUCCAGGUUUUGGCAUUGGAUGAAGAUGGCAACCCCAGUUGGAAGUCACUUCCUGUCCCACCCUUUUACGACGAGGGCACCUGCUCUCACUACUUCAAGAAUGUGGUGGGGGUCGUCGGCCACAAGCAGUAUGUCGGAGUGGGCAGCAAAGUGUAUGCCUUUGAUGUUGACUCUGUGGAAUGGAAACAGGACAUUCUUCCGUUCCCUUCAGAUGCCAAAACAUUGUCGUCAAGGUUGAUGAAGGAGGGCAAUGAGGGUGAGAAACACUGCUGUUUCGUCGUCGUUUAUGCAGAGAUUACUGCGGCCAAUCUAAAUAGGGUUGGUCUAUAUGUUGCAUUGGUGCACUGCGAGGAUGGUAGAUUGUUGCACGAACAGCGUAUCCCUGAAGCAUUGCCCUUUAAUAAGCCUUGUACUCUUGGUGAUUACCAAGUGGUUGAACUGGAGCAGGAUGGUGGUGCUGCUGCUGCUGGUCACUUGUGCAGCAGUAACCCAUUUUGUUUUGUGUAUACCACAGGUGAUGGUGGUCUUGUAGGGCUUUCAGUUUUGAGGAUCUCUUUAGCGGCGGCUCCUCCAGAUGUGGAGGAGGGCACGAUGCAUUCUUUUCGGUGGGGAGCUGAUCUCCAUGUCUUGAAGUUCGAAAUUCCUGAGAAGCGUCUGUAUGAAAAACCAAAAUUGGUGAACGACUUGUACACUGGCAGUUUUGAUGCCGUCUUCCUCGAAGCAGCAGGGUAACCUGUUUUUACAGCCGAACCACUUUUGUUCCCCUUCUUUCGUUUAUAUUGGCGUCGCUUUCCUACCAGUGUGUGAUUUUAGCUGUCCGGCAUCACUCCUUGUUCACAAUGUCAUCACCAAUCUUCCAAUGGCAGCCAAUUGCUACGUGUUUCGGUUCUUUUUCUAGAUUGCAAUGUCAUCACUCCUUAAUUUGCCCGAACAACACUUCUACCUUCUCAACUGCGAGUAGGUGGUUUCGUUCUUCUAGCUACUUCUCUAACACAAAACGACAAGUGCAUCCAAUCACAUUGAAUCCCAAAAUUGGCCGCCAAUUCCCCAACUUUCAAAAUCAACAAGCCAAUUGAGAAAAGAAGCACAAAAAUAUAAGUGUGAGAAAUCA